AUGUCACUAGGCGCUGUGCGAGUUCCUCUCGACUCCUUGGAGUUCCCGGAUCGGAGGCAGAUCAGCUUCAAAGUGCGGGAAAGACUUGGGAGAGUGUUUAGAAAUCUGUCCAAAGCGGGCGCCACCGAGGUUCGCAUACCCUGCACCGUGGAAGAAGGGAAGUUUAGGCAGAUUCUAGCGCGAUUGGGGCUCUCCGCCGAUCAGCUCCGUGGAACUCGGGGCAGGGGACAGAGGGACUUGCCUCUUCUCACCGGAGUCACAUUGUCGUGCCUCUACGGCGACUAUCUUGUUGCGGCGGCGAAGGGGAAUAAGGAGACUUCACUGAGCGUUCAUCUGUUCUCUGCGGAUCUGCUCGAUCUACUGCUCGAACUCAUUUCCGCGUUCUCCUAUGAGCCACAACGAUCGGAUGGAGAGCUGUACCAGAAGAUUGUGGAGAGCUACCGCCGCGAUGAGGUUAUAUACGCACUCUACAUGGGCUCUCUCACGGGGCCUAAAGAGCGUAACAUAAAGAUGCUCCUAAGGCCUAAGAACCUGCCUAUUGUCGAAGCCCUGAACAGCUUGUUCGAUAUCCCGGCAAUGAUAGAGCAAUUGCGCCUCGGCAACAUCUAUAAAUGGCUUGCUUUGCACAUCGAUGAGCAAAUCAUUAACUACCUGAACCACAUUUCCAUAGUUUGGAAGGAGAAGAUAUGCCAGGGUAAGAAGACGAUCAUGCAGUCUCUCGACAUUAAUAGCAUACGUAUCGUUCAGUUCCGAAUGCCUACGGUCUGUUCGGGAGACGCAGAUACGAUCAAGCGCCUGUUCGACAACGGCACGCUAUUUCCUCGCGUGACCGAUUCUAGCGACAGAGAUAUGCUACGGCGAAACGUUCUUUCCCUCGACAUAGUUAUCCCGAGUUUCGAGACAUUUCAGGAGAACAUGCAUUACGUUGGCCUUGUAGCCAAGAUCCUGAUUCGACAUGUCGUUGACGAGCUGCCCCUAUACAAAAGCAGCAGAAAGAGGGGUCUAACUAUCUUCGAAGUCCUCUCCGGCAGUUAG